GGAAUGCAGUGGCAGUGGAAUAGCUUACUCAGCACUCAGCAUCAUAAUACAAGUUCAGAUAUACGACACCAAUUUCCCCUAAUUUCUCUCUCUCUGUGCAAACCCUAACCCUAGCUUCGUUUCUAUCUCAACGCCAUGGCCAAGAAGCGAAAGCUUCGAUCCUCCGACCCCGAGCCCACCAAGCAGGUCGAGCCACAACCCUCACAGGAACAGGACCAAGAGGUAGUGGAAGCGGACCAACAACCCAACCCUGAACCAACCCCAGUAGAAGAAGACAACCACAAUAUGGCCGUCGAUGAAGACCACGCGCCGCUACAGGAACAGGAACAACCGCAAGAUGAUGAUGCAAACGCCGAAGGAGAACCAGAAGAAGAGCCGGAAGAUGAACAAGAAGGAGAACAACCACAACAAGAACACGAAAACCUAGAAGAACAAGAGCAGGAAGACGCAGAAGCUUUGAACCAUGCUGCGACAUCGGAAUCCGUUGGGGUUGAGGCGAACGGCGCUGAGGAUGGUGGGAACGAAGAAGAAGACCUCGGAUUGGAGGACGAGCCCGUCGAGAAGCUUCUGGAACCUUUCACGAAGGAGCAGCUGCACUCUCUGGUGAAUCAAGCCGUUGAGAAGUACCCGGAUUUCGUGGAGAAUGUUCGUCAGCUGGCCGAUGUUGACCCCGCUCACCGGAAAAUCUUCAUCCACGGCCUCGGUUGGGACACCACAGCCGAAACCCUUACCAGCGUGUUUGGGAAGUACGGCGAGAUCGAAGACUGCAAGGCCGUUACCGAUAAGGUGUCUGGGAAAUCGAAGGGCUAUGCCUUCAUCUUGUUCAAGCAUAGGAGUGGGGCUCGUAAAGCGCUGAAGCAGCCCCAGAAGAAGAUUGGGAACAGAACCACCUCAUGUCAGUUGGCCUCCGCCGGACCUGUUCCGGCACCGCCACCUACGGUUCCUGCUGUUUCUGAAUACACCCAGAGGAAGAUCUUUGUGAGCAAUGUGAGUGCAGAGAUUGAUCCCCAAAAGCUGCUUGAGUUCUUCAGGCAAUUUGGAGAGGUGGAGGAUGGUCCUCUGGGUCUUGACAAACAGACCGGGAGGCCGAAGGGAUUUGCACUCUUUGUGUACAAGUCCGUGGAGUCUUCUAAGAAGGCUUUGGAAGAGCCGCACAAGAAUUUUGAGGGGCACGUUUUAUAUUGUCAGAAGGCUGUAGAUGGUCCUAAGGGAAACAAAGGGUAUCAUCAGCAACAGCACCACCAGCCACACCACUCUCAUCAUCACCAUCAGACUCACUACCAGUCAAGGAAGGACAAGAACAAGUAUUCCUCUGGUGGUGGGCCGUCACAUGGUGGUGGUGGUCACCUAAUGGCGCCGUCAGCCCCUGCUGUUGGGGGUUUCAAUCCAGGAGUUCCAGCUCAGGGGUUGAAUCCGGCGCUUGGACAGGCAUUAACUGCUUUGCUUGCAAAUCAAGGAGCUGGCUUGGGGCUUGGGAAUCUUCUUGGAGGUCUUGGUGGUGCACCAGUGAACCAGGCCAGGCCACCUGCUGCAUAUGGUAAUCAGGCUGCUAUGAGCUAUGGGAACCAACCAGGGAUGCAACCGGGGUACCAAAAUCCUCAAAUGGGCCAGAGUAGUGGUGUUAGACCUCACCCUGGUGCUGGCCCUCCUUACAUGGGUCAUUAGGUCUUACAAUCCAUUAUAAUGUGAAGGAACCAGGCAUUGCAGAUGGAUUAGUUCAAGUAAUAUGCCAAGUGUGCUUGCUUGCAUUGAGAUUGAUGAAUAUAUGCUUUCUAACUCAGGAUGGAUCUGAACUGUGUUUAAAUGCUCUUAUGUCCAUAAACAGUUUUUUUUUUUUUGUUUUGCAGUUAUCACAUGAUGAAUGAGCAUGGGUAAACUUAUUAUUUUCCAGUUUGAUAUGGAAUGACUCCUCUCAUGUCUCAUUUAACAUGGCUAGGUCAUGUGAGAUGAUUUCUGUUGUGCAUAAACAAGUCAAUGGUGACGAGAGAUUAGAGCAAGAAAGCGUUAAGACAAAGAGAGAAAAAAUGGUAAUUGUUGAUUUGUCUAUGGACGAACGAGAUCGUCUCACAUGACCUAGUCAGGUCAAAUGAGACAUGAGAGGACCCAUUCCCAAUUUGAUAAGUUAUUUCUUGUUUGAUUAGGCUAGUGCUGCUACAAUAUGCUCAGCCUGUUGUGUCAUUUUAUUAGGACUGCAUUCUCGCCCAUUGUUAAAUUGUAAUGAAUUAUUUGAAAUUGAAUAAUUAAUUUUAUUUUGUAAAAGAAGGAAAUUUGAAUUCAUAUUAUAAGUUCUCUUUGUUUUAAGUUCUAUUCCCGUCAAGCUUCUGGAUUUAUUCAGUGAGAGCAUUCCAAAGCUUGCAUUUAACUCUUUUACCAUGUGUUGCCCAUACCUGAUUUUUUAUUGCGUUCCGCUGUUUUUAUUAAACAAACUAUUAUCAUGAUUGGCAUUGUAGUUUGAAACAACUAUAACUCUUGAAAAUCUAUUUUGCAGUACAAGAGGUAUGACUUUUUACAUUUCAUACUUGUAUUUGUGUUUCUUCUAAAGAUAAUUGGUUUUUAAAAUUAGUCCUUUUAUGCUUUAUGUAUUCAUUGUGCAGAUACCCUCAUAGAUGCAUCAAUCAUUUAGUUUUGGACUCCGCUGAUUCUUCUGAAGUACCGGGCACUAUUCAAAUGCAUCUUUUAAAUUUGUAAUUUGUUGCUACUAUUUGAAUACUAAAGAACCAGAUUCUGAAACCUGUAUUUUCUUUCUUAGUAGAUUUCCCCUACCUUUUUUAAAAAAUAUGUAGUACCUCUUGUUCCUUUGAGGAAUUUGGAGGAAUGGGUUGAAUUUUGGGGCAGAGAAAACCUUGUUACAAUAAUUUUCAUGUGUGUUGUGGACCUUUUUUCUUGAACUUUUGAUUCUGUUUUAUCAUUGUUGUUUAGCUUCGUAAAGCAUGACUGGUACCUUUAAGUGUAAGUUAUAUAUUUUACUUAUGUAUGUGGCGUUCAGCUAUGAUUUGUGAGAACUAUUCAUCUUUUUCAGAUAUAUUAUCUUAUCCAAAAAUGGUAUUAUAUUACGGGAGUUGGUGACAAUGCAAUAGCUAUUUUUUAUGCGUAGAGUAUGAUAGAGAUUAUUUACAUUUUAAUUCCUUUAUAUCAUUUGAAUGUCAUUGGUUUCUCCCGGAUACUUUUCGCAAACUCUGUUUUUCUUUUCUCUGUAAUUUUUGGUGGGGGAUUGAGAGUGGAUAGAGUAUGACAGGGACUCAUUAAACAAGGUUUUUCUAUUCCAAGGUUUGUUAUUCCGACAUGCUAUUUUGUCCUUCAGUGCAAUUUUCUAUAUUCAAAGAUCAUGUUCGUGAUGUUUGGACUGAAUCAAUAAAAUCAAUAUUCUUUCUCCUUCCUCAAUGAGGGAUGGAACAGUUGUUGAACUGAAUCAAUAUCCAUCUGACUCCUGUAAUCUUUUUUCUUUCCAUUCUCAAAGUGAGGCCCAAGAUUUUUAGGUGUAAAAUAGUUUGUUUUCCCAUUUUCUGCUUGCAAUUUUGUGUUUUCUUAUAAUUAGUGGAGUUAUUUUCUGUAUAACUUUGUUACAUAUUGAGGACUGAUCUAGAUAUAACACGUCACACCAUAUUUUAUUUGCCUGAGGGGUUGGCUUGCCAGACGCGUAGGUCCUUGCCACAAAACAAAUGCUAGAAUCUAUUCAUAACUUCUGUCAGCUGCAUCCAAUGAUGGAGCUUGGAUCCUUCCUUUCACUUCCAAUGCAAGAGCUGGCCACACUUGGUGGGUGGGUUACUCUAACUGUAUACAAGUGUACCCUGGUUUGGAGUGAAUGUCAGAAGAUCAGAUGGAUCUGGUGGUGUUAUCAUCGUUGGAGUUAUCCAUGGGUAUGAUCUUUUCUUUUGCUAUAGACUGUUGGGGGGAAGUUAAGUUCGGGAACUUGCCUUCUUUUGACUUGCGGAGGCUUUUAAUUGGUUUCUGAAUAUAUUCUUCUUGGUGUAUUACCAAGUUGGGCUUCCCAAUUUCGCAUAGGAUUUCAAAUUUAUUGUUUUUUGACGUAUAAUCUUACUGGAAAAAAGCCCAAUUUGAUUUAGCUGUGGCAUUGAUGAAGUUAAUAUUUUUGGUAAAAACAUGACUCCGAAAUAUGUUGCUUUGGCCAAAAUGUCUAUCCAAAUCAUUUCGAAAACAGUUACUUUUUCUUAGUGCAAAGUUGAAGCGCUUAUGAAGGCAAUACCAAACUGGGUUUAAGUUGUAUUCUUAGAAAGUUUAAUAUUUUCUUUCAGUUUUUGUUUGCGUGAAACUGAGAAUGCAUAAUUUUCUCAUCAUAAGGACAAAUUUUUAGUAUGCUGCCUAACCCUCUGGAUGUUAUAAUAGAAAAGAUUAGAGUCGUUGAUGAGACAGCUUGGAAGUGUUUUUCUAUGGUGGAUGGGACAGUUGGCUGCAUGAACUGCGCAUGUGGACCAUAAACACCACGAAGGUAUUAUUGGCUUCUUAUGUGAUUAAGCCAGAGGCUGAUAUGGAUAUGUUACUGAAGAAUAUUACAGAAAAAAUUGAAAAUAAUACGUUAUUUGACAUGUUAUAUUUUGUUAGAGCUGCAAUAAAUUUGAAGAGGUUAGACCAAGUGUUACAUUUUGGAAAAUUUUGGUGUCUUCCAAAACUUCUGAAUUUGGAUACUUCUUGAAGAAGAUCAGUCAAAUGUGCUAAGCAGUGUAAUCCUUCGAAUAAAGGGAUUUAGCAGUUAAAAUUGUUGCAGAAUAUUCUGGGAUGAUGGUCACGCUGUCACACUCUGAAGUUGCUAAUAUGGUUAAUUAAUUAGGCCUUUACUUUUUCGGAUUUGUUCCUUGAUUUGUCACAUAACUACUUAACGGGAAUGGAA